AUGUUCACAUUGGAGUAUGCCGUCGGGAACCAGGUACCUCUGGAGCUCGAUGGCGCCAUCGAGGCACUUGAUGAUGAUGCCCCGAGACCGGAGCCAAUGUCGCCACCGUCCGUGCACUACAGUGGGGGAGCAGCGCUGAUCGAAGAUGGAGGAGAGGAGGUGGAGUUCGCCUCUCCAUCGAGUGUCCACAUCGACCACCUGGAUGCUAAUCAAGAUGAUGUGCCACUCCGGUUCCGCAAGAUCAACAACAUCGUUGGGCUGGCCUCGUCGCAUGGUCUCGUGUCGCAAGCAUUAAUUGCAGAGGAGCUGCACGUUGUAAGUUCUGAUGAGCCAGUCUCUUUUGCUGAAGCAGAGGGCCACUCGAGCUGGAGGAAGGCUAUGGAGGAGGAGAUGGCGUCGAUCGAGGAGAACCGCACCUGGUCCCUGGUAGACCUCCCACAUGGUCGUCGGGCGAUCGGGUUGAAGUGGGUGUACAAGGUGAAGCGGGAUGAAAAUGGAGUCGUGGCAAAGUACAAGGCGCGCCUGGUGGUAAAACGCUAUGUGCAAUGCCAGGGGAUCGACUACGACGAGGUGUUCGCACUUGUGGCGCGGCUGGACAUGGUGCACCUUCUCAUUGCUCUCGCGGUGCACGAGGGGUGUGAGGUGCAUCACAUGGAUGUCAAGUCGGCGUUCUUGAAUGGCGAUCUCAAGGAAGAGGUGUACGUGGAGCAGCCGGCCGGUUUCAUCAGCACAGGCAAUGAGUACAAGGUGUUCAAGCUGAAGAAGUCACUUUACGACUUACAUCAAGCGCCUAGGGCUUGGAACGCGAAGCUGGACGAAACGUUACUGUCGUUCAUAUUCAGGAGGAGUCUGUCGAAACAUGCUAUCUACACCAAGCGGAACGAGGAGGCGUAG